GGGCGAUUGUUUUGGUAAGUUUAGAGAGAGAAAAAGUUCAUUGAAAUCUUUCCAAUGAAUCGUUUACGGGUGGCAGAGUGAAAGGGACGGCGUGAACCCUCAGUGACGGCUUGUGUUACUUCGUUAAACGCACCUGGAGGAGAGCAUUAAAUAUUGUUCCUGUCCCAUGGUGGUCUGGGAGGUGGUUAAGACAAACCAAGCAACCUGUGAACCAGAAGACCAGGAUUCUUCAGGUAUCGACCGUGCAGAGGAAACAGUAGUCCAAAGACUCUUUCUCAUCGCCAGUUAACGGCGAUCUGGCCGUUUGCUGAUUGGCUGAGUUUAUUACUCAGGAGAAGAUGAUGGACACGGCCGGGAACCAAACAGAGGGCCUGCUCCCCUCGGGGGAACGGCUCCUUCCCACCAGUGACAGCCACAUGGAGUAUGACGACCUCCCGGCCCUGCAGGAGGUGCAGGCGGAGGGCCCGACGGAGACGCCGGCCUAUCAGGUGGAGGGGGGCGUGUCCCACCUGGAGAGGGAGAACAGGACAUACUCCGGGCCCCCUGACACACACUGGCUGACCCAGCUGGCACACAUCGCCACAGGGCCCCAGAGUCCACUGCUGCAGGGGCCCCCACGCCCGCCUCCCCUCCGCGUCUUCGGCACCAGCUGUGGCCUCCAUUCCUACGCCAGACCUCCUCCUACUUCUCCUACUCCUCCUCCCUCUCCUUCUCCCUGGGCCAGCAGCCACCCGGCACCCCCUACAGGCCGGGGAAGGGGCCGCAGGAGCACCAGGAAAAGCAAUGAGGUGUCCACCCGCUCCACGCCGUCCGACGAUGAGGACAUGGGCUGGAGCCACUCCUGGCCUCCGACCGCGUGGCACUGUUUUCUUAAAGGGACCCGGGUCCGGUUCCACAGCGGGGCCCGGUCUGGCUGGCAGGACGUGGAGGACCUGGUCUCUGCUGAGGACGACGCUGGGCCCCCGGAGAAGGGGGGCGAGCUGAAGGUGUACGGGUUGGACGGUCUGUGUCUAACGCAGCACUCAGAGGUCAUCUCCUCCGACCAGUCCGUCCUGCAGCUGACCUUUGACCCCGGCGCAUUCGGACACACCCCCCUGACAGCCCACUGUCCAUUGGACCACCCGUUCUACGUCAAACACAAAGGGUGGUCCUCGUUCUACCCCAGCCUGACCGUGGUGCAUUAUGGGAUACCGUGCUACGAGGUGGAGCGGGGGGACGUCUGUCUGCCUCCGGGACACCGGGACGCCGUACGGACGGACGCCUCGCUGGUCUUCAACACGUUCAGGAGUUAUGACUUCACCCCGCUGGACUCGUCGGCCGUCUACGUGCUGAGCAGCAUGGCCCGCCGUCGCCGCCGCACCUCCCAGUCCAGCGGGGGCGCUGUGUCCCCCGACAGAGAGCUGCAGACAGCAGAUGCCCAGAGCCCCGGCCCCUCCCAUUCUCAACACCAACAGCCAAUCAAAAGUGUGCCAAGCAGUCAACCAGGAAGUGCGAACGCCACCAGGUGUAAGCGGCCAAUGAACGCCUUCAUGCUGUUCGCCAAGAAGUUCAGGGUGGAAUACACACAGAUGCACCCUGGGAAAGACAACAGAGCCAUCAGCGUGCUGCUGGGGGAGCGGUGGAAGCGGCUGCGGGGGGAGGAGAGGAGGGUCUUCACCCUGGAGGCCAAGGCCCUCGCAGACCAGCAGAAGAUCCUCGACCCCGACUGCUGGAAGCGCAGGAGGACCAACUCUGGCUGUCAAGGAAACUGAGGCUCCUCCCACAGAGACAUCCACUGGGAGAGGACAGACUUCAGGAGACACACAUAUACACACGCACACACACCCUCACACUCACAAGCAUGUACACACACACACACAUACUCAUGUAUACACAUGCACACACAACAGCAUGGACACACAUGUACACACGCAUAUAUAAAUAUGCACACACACACACACGCAGACAAGUAUAUGCACACACAAUCACACACAUAUACAGUCGGAUGCACUCCCAC